GAGGGGCGGGGGGGGCUAGCCUGGACAAGGGGGCAGCCCUUGGCUGUGAAGAUGGGAAGGAGGUGGUGUAGGGUGGGAUGUUUCUGUUGAAUCAAGAGUCCCGGCGUGUGGCCACUCUAAAAAGAGAGGAUUAGUGCGGUGAGGCGUGCCGCCGGGCUCAGGGACUGAGGGAGAUGUGCUGACCUCGAGAGCUCGCAGGAGUGGGUUCGUGUGCCGGGAGGGAGGGAGGAUGAAGGAAAACUGCCGGAUCUGCGGCCGGGAGCUGUGCGGCAACCAGCGGCGAUGGAUCUUUCACACGGCGGCCAAGCUGAAUCUCCAGGUGCUGCUCUCCCACGUCCUGGGCAGGGAGCUGUGCCGGGACGGCAGGUCCGAGUUCGCCUGCAGCAAGUGUGCCUUCAUGCUGGACCGCAUCUACAGGUUCGACACCGUCAUCGCCCGCAUCGAAGCCCUCUCCAUCGAGCGCCUGCAGAAGCUGCUGCUGGAGAAGGACCGUCUCAAGUUCUGCAUCGCAAGCAUGUACCGCAGGAACAACGACGACUCCAGCUCGGAGGACAGGGCUGGGGAGGGGACCGUGGACCUUUCCAACCUGCCUGAUGCACGGUACGCUGCCCUCCUGCAGGAGGACUUCGCUUACUCUGGGUUUGAGUACUGGAUGGAUCAGGAGGAGCACGGGCUGGAGCCGCACAGCUGCCAUGGCUCCGAGGGGCCAGGGAGCCGCCCGCGGCGCUGCCGGGGCUGUGCUGCCCUGCGCGUGGCCGAUGCCGACUAUGAAGCCAUCUGCAAAGUGCCCCGAAAGGUGGCCAGGAGCAUCUCCUGCGGGCUGUCCAGCCGCUGGUCAGCCAGCGUGGGCAACGAGGAGUCGUCUGUGUGUGAUGUGGCCGAGUCCACCAGCUCCAGGGUGGCUGUGGAUGGGGACAGCAUGGAAGAAGGCACACCCGCGUCCUCUCUCGAGUCUCUGGACACCACCGUGGAGGCCAGCCCUCCGCAGCAGAAGGAUGAAGAUGCAGAUAAGGGGGUGAAAGGGAAUGGGAAAUGUGACGAUUUCUCGGAUGAUCGCAUGACCCCGAGCUCUUCACUGAGCGGGAACAGGCUGGAGCUGGCCCUCAAUUUGAUCAAGACUUUGGACUACAAACCCCUUCAGAGCCCCCGAGGCAGCCGACUACCUAUUCCUGUGAAGUCCAGCUUGCCCCCUCCCAAGCUCAGCCAUGACUUGGCAGAUGGCAGUGCUUCUGCUGGCUUAGCAUGUGCUAGUUCUGCCUUCCUGAACACAGACAGAAAAUCGUUUUCCAGAGCUCCUUUGGGCCUUCCCCUGGAAAUUUCAGAGCUGCAGGAGCUGUGGGAUGACCUCUGUGAGGAUUAUAUGCCGCUGCGGGUACAGAAUUUGCAGGAUGAACGGCAGCAGGCAGCUCCAGGUAGCGCUGCAGCAGGGGAGCACGUGUCCGAUGUGCGUGCAGCAGAGCUGCAGGGCAAACUCCAGCACUCUGAAGCUGCCAACAAGUUGUUACAAGAGAAGCUGAAUGAAUUGAAUUUCGAAUUAAAAUCCGUUCAAGAAACGUCACAAAGGCAAGAUCGUACAAUCCAGAGUCUGAACGAGGCCUUGAAGAGCAAAGAGAGUAAGACGGAGGAGCUGUACCACAUCAUCGAAGGGCAGAAUGAGACCAUGGCCAAGCUGCGGGACAUGUUACACAGAAACCAGCUGGGACAGCUGCAGGUGUCAGAGAGCCCACUGUCACCCCAGGAGCAGCAAAUGUCACCGCUCGAUCUUCAGAACGCGCUUUUCUGCACCAAACUGGAGGUGCAGAAACUGAAGAGAGCUCAGCGCCAGAAGGAGCAUCAGCUGGCUGAAGCCAAGAGAGCAACCCAGCUCCUGGAGACCACGGUCCAUGAGGAAGAGCAGCAGAAAGAGGCAACCUGGAAACACAAUCAGGAGCUGCGUGCUGUGGUACAACAGCUGCAGGCAGAGCUGCAGGACAAGGCUCAGCAGCUCCAGACUUUGGAGUGGGAGAAAAGCCGUGAGCUGCAGGCCCAGGAGCAGAGAGUUCAGCGUUUGACUCAGCAGCUGGCUCACAAGGAGCAGCUUCUGCAGGAGUCCAGGGAGCUUCUGCAAUGCCAGCAAAGCUUGGAGAAGAGCCCUGCAGCCGUGAAUGCCAUGUUGGAGAAACUGCAGCAGCGUGUCAGUGACAGGGAUGCUGCUCUGGAGCGAGCAGUAGAUGAGAAGUUCUGUGCCCUGGAGAAGAAGGAGCAGGAGCUGCAGCAGCUGCGCGUGUCCAUGCGGGAGCGCGGCAGUGACCUGGAGAGGCUGCGCAGCGUCCUCUGCAGCAACGAGGCCACCAUCCACAGCCUGGAGAGCCUCCUGAAAGCCAAAACCCUGGAACUGGAGCAGGUCUCGGCAACCUGUCAAAACCUCCGCUGGCUCAAAGAGGAGACUGAGGCCAAAUCUGGCAGCAGGCAGAAGGAGCAGGAGGGGAUCAUCCAACAGCUGCAGACCUGCCUGCAUGACCGGAACAAGGAAGUGGAGGAGCUUACAGCAACUCUGCUGUGCAAGCUGGGCCCCGGGCAGAGUGAGGUAGCAGAGGAGCUGUGCCUGCGUCUCCAGCACAAGGAGAAGAUGCUGCAGGAUCUCCUCAGAGACCGGAACCGUCAAACCAUGGAGCACGAUGCCGAAAUUCGGGAGCUGCUGCAGGCUCUGAGCGCCAAGGAGCAGCAGAGCAGAGUGGCUGCAGAGAAGAUGGCACAGGCUUUGGCUGAAAGGAGCCGAGAGCUACAACUGCUGCGCCAGCACGUGUUGGGGAAGGACCCUGUUGGGACCCAGUCAGCUGGUGCCAGGCCAUUGAAGCAGGACAAACAACCCAUACAAGAGGUACUGCGAAGAGCUUAUGGAGCUACAGUCAUUGCUGGAUCCCCACAGGAAGACAGCAGCUGCAGGACAGAGGGAGUUACAAUGUCAGCAGCAGAACUGGAGAAGGAUCUCGUCAAUGCCAAAGAGGAGCUGGAGCUAAUGGCAAAGAAGGAAAGGGAAAGCAGGCGGGAGCUCACUGCUCUGCAGUCUGUCCUGGCCACGCAGGAGGAGGAGCUGCAGGUGCAGGCCUCGGACAUUGAGUCCUUGACCAGAACCAUCCAGGUGAAAGAGGACCUCAUCAAGGAUCUGCAGAUGCAGCUGGUGGAUCCUGAAGAAAUUCCAGCCAUGGAAAGGCUGACCCAAGAAGUGCUGGUGCUUCGGGAGAAAGUGGCCGUAGCAGAGUCCCAAGGACAGGAGGCUACUGGAAACAGAAGGCAACAGCAGUUGUUACUGAUGCUGGAAGGGCUGGUGGCUGAGAGGAAUCGGUUAAAUGAGGCUCUCCAGGCAGAGAGGCAGCUCUAUGGCAGCCUGGUGAAAUUUCACACACACCCAGACAGCGCUGCGAGAGACCACGCCCUGCAGGUGGAGCUGGAAGGGGUCCACGAGCUGCGGGGACAGCUGGAAGAAGCUCUUGGAAGAAGCUUGGAGUGUUUGAGCAGGCUGGAGACACAGGGCGCCAUAGGAGGUCAGGCCGCAGGUACACACGCCGAUGCCAGCACCAACUUCACCGACAGCAUGAAGGAGGAGGCAGCCCGUGGCUCGGCAACCCAGCAGAGCAACCCCCGGGCCCGCCAGGAGAAUGGGGGCACCGAAAGGAGCACAGCACCCACCGUGCCCGAACGGGAGCUGCGGGCUGAGGAGGAGCUGCGGGAGCUGAAGGCGCAGCUGGAGGAAGCCGGCUUCUCCUCUGUCUCCCACAUCAGGAAGGCGAUGCUGAGCCUGUGCCUGGAAAACGCGGAGCUGAAAGAGCGGAUGGGUGAAGCCACGUCGCUGCUGGAGAGCGGGGAGCAGGAGGAGCCGGGGCUGGGCAGCCCUCUGGCCCCUGAGCCCCGGAGGCUGCAGCGCAAGAGCCGCGGCUCCCUUGGGGAGCGCCCGGCCGGAGGCAGCGGGGAUGGCCCAGGGCUCCCGGCAGAGAGGGGAGCUGUGCCCACCAAACGCCCAGCGCUGGAGGCUCGAGCCCAGGAUGACAUGGCCAAGAGACCCUGCCCUGGCAGCCCGGGUGGAGGGGACGGGGGCCACGCGGAGGGCUCGGUUCCCGGCGGGGGCUGGCCAGGGCUGGGCGCAGAGCUGCGCUCCCAGGUGGCACAGGGCCAAAGGCAGUGCCAGGAGCUGCAGGACAAGCUCGCCGCCUCGGAGGCCACAGUGCGGGCACAAGCUGAGCAGCUAGAGAAAUACCACGUCCUGCUCCGUGAACCUCAGACACAGCAACUCAGCAAGCAAGUGCAGGUGGACUUCCAGGACCUGGGCUAUGAGACCUGUGGGCGCAGUGAGACCGAGGCUGACCGUGAUGAGACCACCAGCCCUGAGUGCGAGGAGCCAGAUGUGUUCAGCGAGACCAGCCUGGCUGAGGAGCUGGGGUCCCCGUGCCAGCCAGGGAUGUCCAGAGUGGGCAAAACUGCCCAGAAAACCAUGGCCCUGGAGGAUGUGGAGGCCCUGCACCAGCACAUCCAGGACCUCAAGGCCCAGCUGCUCAAUGCCAACAAGGUGAUCCAGAGCCUGCAGCGCCGUGCCCGCUCCAUCUCUGUCACCAGUGGCUACACCUCGGGUGCUGAGCGGCCCCUGCCGGCUCCCAAGGCCUUGGCGUCCCCAGCCCACAGCCUGACGGACGAGGACGAGGGCUGGCAGUCGGAUGGCCACGGCACGCUGUGCCCACCUGCCCUGCGGGCACACCGCGACCUGCAGAGCCUGAUGCACCGCGUCACCCUGCUCGAGGCACAGCUGCCCGCGGCCAAGCGUGGAGCCGCCUUGCCCAAGGAGCUGCAGUCUGCCACUUGGCCAGGGAAAUACAACUCUUUGAUCCAGGCACAGGCUCGGGAGCUCUCCCACUUGCGGCAGACGCUGCGGGAGGGCCGCGGGCUGAGCCGCAGCCUGGCCCAGCACCUGCGGGAUGCCCUGCGCUCCUUCGAGGACCUCCUUCGGGGCACUGACAUCGACUACUACCUGGGCCAGGGCUUUCGGGAGCAGCUGGCCCAGGGCAGGCACCUGGCUGAGAGGCUCAGUGACAAGCUGGGCAUCAGAGAUCGACAAGACGGGGAGGAUAAAACCAGUCAUGAACUCCUGGCACAGAGGCUCAGCCGGGAGCUUCAGGAGAAGGAGAAGGUGAUUGAGAGCCUGGAGGUGAAGCUGCAGGAGCGCUCUGAGUCCCCAGGUAGCAGCUGCCCACCCUCGGAGUCAUCCCACUCUGCCAGCAGCUCAUCCUUCACCUCCGAGGGGCUGGAGCCCUGCUCCGAUGGGGAUGCAGCCAGCGAGUACAGCCAGUGCCACGAGGAGCCUGCCCAACACACAGGCCUUCACUUUGACUCCUUGUCCAAACCUGUUAGUGCCCCCCUGCCUGCCCUGGUCCCCGGGCUGUCCCCCUUCCUCCCUGCCGGGCCCCCUCCUCCUGUGGCCCCGCCACUCCUGGGCUGCUGCGGGAAUUCUGUCUGCUCCCUGGCUGAGGCACAGCAGGAACUGCAGGUGCUCCGCAGGCAACUGGGAGAAAGUGUGACACUGCCCAUGGCACCAGCAAAGCCCACAGUGCCACUGGGCUCCUUUGGAGAGGGCGGCAAAGCCCCAGCAUCGUUCUGCCGACACGGAGCCCUGCAGGGCCCGGCUGAGCUCCCCGGGGCCACCGACACCCGCGGCCUCUGGGACGUGCCCCCGCCCGGCCAGCUGCUCUACGGGGCCCUGCCACCGGGGUACCCGUCUGGGCAGAAGCUGACAGGGGCAGACCUGCUGGAGGAACACCUGCUGGAGAUCCGCAACCUGCGCCAGCGCCUGGAGGAGUCCAUCUGCACCAACGACCAGCUCCGGGAGCAGCUGGAGCGCCGCCUGGCCUCCACCGGCAAGGGCAGCGGAUUGCCCAGUGAUGUCUAUGCCCAGACACCGGAGCUGGGGCUGCAGCUGAGCAGGGAGAACCAGGCUCUGCACGAGGAAAACCGGACCCUGCGGCUCCAACGUGACCAGCUCUCCCAAGAGCUGGCACGGGUGCAGGAGACACUCGUGGCUGCCUGCUCUCGGGCACGGGAGGCUGAAGCAGAGCUGGGCCAGAGGCGUGGGAAGCAGCGGAGGCUGGCGGAGGAGCUCUCCGAGUGCCAAGAGAGUGUCCGGCAGCUCCGGGAUGAGCGGCGCUCUCUGCAGGAGGACAACAACAGGCUGCAGCACUCAGUGACGCUCCUGCAGCAGCAGAGUGAGGAGCAGCGCCUGCUCCUGCAGACCCUGCGUGCGGAGCUGCACGUCUACGAGAGCCUCCCCGGCCCCUCUGCUGAGACACGAGCAGGCUGCUUCCCAUCUCCUCCCGUGCGCGAUGUUGGCACUAACUCAGCAGCUCCCCUCCUGUCCCCACUGCCCUCCGGCACGGCGCUGCUCCGGCGGAUGGACGAGCCACAUGGGGCAGACGUGCUGCUGAGGAAGAGCGAGGGACCGAAGGGGGCUCACGUCGUUGGCCGUCUGGACACCUACCGAGCCCUGGAGCAGCACAUCGUGGAGGGAAAGGCCUUGGCCCGGGAGCUGAUGUGUCUCACACGCCCAGCACUCGGGCUGCCCAACUGCUCGCUCCCGGGAAAGGAGGUAAAGCGUGGGCAGCACGGGGCAGGCAGCAGCUGGGGGCCAGACCCUCAGCGCACCGUGCUUGACGUGGCUCCCGAGCCCAGAACCAGCCCCGAGGGCUGCAGGGACAGCCGGAGGCAGGGAGCCUCCAGCCCAGGGAAUGCUGCUGGCAGUGCCUUGCUGUGCCGGGCUGAGCACGGCCACUCGCCGGGUGCGGCGGGAUGGGGGUGCCCCGGCAGCACCCGCUCCCGCACCCUUCUCCCGCAGGCCCUGGGAUGGACGGGCACGGGGCAGGGGCAUCUGUGGGGCAGCGCCAGCACCCUGCACGGCAUCCUGGAGGAGUGCGUGUCUCUCCUCACUGCCUUCUGGAGCACCGUGCUGCCCGUGAGCCCUGCCCAGCACCAGGGCAAGGAGCAGGUGCUCCAGGGCGAGAUCGCGGCGCUACGGGCCCGGCUCUGCGAGAGGGAGGAUGCUCUGCAGAGCACGGCCAGGCGGCUGCGCAGCACAGCCCAGCUCAAGGACAGCAUGGAGCAGUUCAUCGUCAGCCAGUUGACCAGGACCCACAGCGUGCUGCGCAAGGCCAGGACAAACCUGGAGGUGAAGGCCCAGCAGGCCCUGCCUGUUGCGUGAGCCCCGUGCAGGGCAAGGAGCAAUGGCCAGCAUGGAAGAGCCCACUGGCUGCUGAGCCGAGCCGUGCCAGAGGGCUGGAGUGGACCCUGUUCCUGCUGCUCUGAGGGCCGGGGUGAAAGGGGCCUGGGGUGUCCAGUGCUACACAGUUAGUGGGUUUGGGCUGCUGUGGUGGUUGCAUGCCCUCCACCAGCCUUUGCUUGGCAUGGCAGCAGCAGCUGCUGGCUUGGCCUUUGUCUGGCCCGUGCUUCAGCACUUGCUCCCUUCCACCCUCAGUGCUCAGAGUGGGGUGACACAGCCCCCCACGCUGAGCACACCUUGCCCCGGGACCUGGUCCCCUCUGUAACCCUGAUGAGUCCCUGUCCCUGCUUGUGGAUGUAUGUAUAUGUAUAUAGACAGAGGUACUGGAAAUGCGUUUUGGGGACUCCACGCACGUCGGGGCCCCAGCACAGGAGGAAGAUGUAAGAAAUGCCAUAUUCUGUUCAGUGGCUGAAGAAUCCCCAAUAAAGGUUUCCUUUGGGUUGUGGUG